AUGAAGAACCGUGACGUUGUUCACAGAACAAGUAAUCGCUUACGAUUGGUAAUGCUUUGGGCUCGUAAAGGUGCCAUGUUAAGGCGCAAGGUGGUGAUGAAGCUGCGUCUGGUGCCAGAGUAUUUGAAGUGUCUCUGCUACACAGCACCACCCCCUGCCCAAACCCUUUACUCUGAGCGCGAGCUCUCCUUCGACAACACCCAUAUCUUCCAUGUCAAGACAAAUCGCCCAUUCUCCAUGCACUUCCACCUACCUCACAUUUCCUGUAUAAACCCACGAGUUGAUUUUGACGACGACCAUGACGACGUUGAAUAUGACCACGAGAGAAAUAGUCCACUAAUGGGUGCAGGGAACCACAAUGAGGAAUAUUAUUAUGAUUGCCAAGAAGAAGAAGAAGAAGAAGAAGAUAUUGAUAAGCGCGCGGAGGAGUUCAUUGCUAAAUUCUAUCAGCAAAUGAAGCUGCAGAGGCUGCAAUACAAUGAAACACCCAACAGAGACUCGACUUGA